AUGAAAAAUGAAUCCGGUCGAUCAUCAGUUCCGAGUCCUGGCCGAUCCCCAUAUGUCGGCGGCCCACCUGGAGGAUACCCGCUUCCUGGACCACCGCAACCACCAAUGGGAAUCAUUCCGGCUCCACCUCCUGGUCAUCUAGGGCCUCCGCGCUAUCCGAUGGGACAGGAACAAGGAUUUGGGUCUCUUUUUUCUGGAAAUUACAACAACCAAUUUCGAAUGCCCGAACGACCUGAUUCGUUGCAAAAUCUUGGUUUACCGAGUGUUGGCCCAAAUAACAACUCUCAGAAUAAUCUCUAUGGGAUGGGUGUUCGUCAGCUUUCAAUGUCGCCAUCUCAUCAAAUGAUGCGUAGCAACAUGCACCCUGGACCUAUUACGCCCGUUCAACAACCGCCACCUGCCUCACAGCCACCACCAAUCUCACAGAUGCAACAACGACAGCUUCCAUCGUCGAGUGGUUCAUUCACAAUUAGUCCCUGGGCUACCAAUGUGCCAGCGGGAAUGAUGCGACAAGCAACUGGUGCCACAACGCCUCAAGGAGCAAUUGAUUUUCGACCACAGCUACCACCAACUGGAAUCACCUCUGAUAUUCAGCAAGUUGCUCCUCGACCAACUCUUCAACCGACCUACCAGUUACCGGACGAUGGAUCACAGCUUACAUUCAGUGAAGAGGUACAAGAGGAGGCCAAUACCUAUUUUGAACAAAUUUAUUCGCCCAACAAGCAGUUGACGAUUGAAGCCUUUUUGAGCAAGUUGAAAAUGUUUCAAAGCUCUUCCAGCCAAAGAGAACGUGAGGUGCUCAGUUGUGUUGUGAAGAAUCUUUUCGAAGAAUAUCGUUUUUUCCACGAAUAUCCUGAUCGAGAGCUGAUGACGACCGCAGAAGUUUAUGGUGGAAUUAUUCGCGAAGGAAUUAUUACGAAUUUACAAUUUGCAACAGCCGUUCGAAAAGUCAUUGAAAGUUUACAAACCGACCCUACUUCUCGGCUAUAUCAAUUUGGAAUUAUUGCUUUGUCUGCUUGCAAGAAAAAAUUGUGCUGUUAUCCAAAGGUCUGUGCAAUGAUCAUGCAGCACGAAAACUUUCCUAAGUUUCCACCACAAUUGGCAGCCUACGUAAAAGCAGGAGUUAGUGAAAAGCUACCACCUUCGAAUGACCGCGACACGCCGACGAGCAGCUGGCCUGCAGCUGGCAGCCAGGGACAGGCGAGCCCGCAAAGAAACAACAGCGGAGACACUACAGCUCAACGUGUUUCCUUCACCCAUUCCGGUCGUUCGGGGCCCAAUUUUCUUUCGGUGACAAAUGCGGACACUCUUAUUUCAGCUGCCGAGAAAGAAGGGGUUGAGUGUGAAAAGCCAGCUGAAGCGGUGACAGAUAAAGUUGGAUUCUUGUUUAACAACUUGUCUCAAAGCAACUUACAAGCAAAAACAGAAGAAAUGCGAACACUGCUCUCAGAAAACGGAGAAAGCUUCAUGAGGUGGCUCGCUCAAUACAUCGUGAUCAAAAGGGUAGCAAUUGAGCCGAAUUUUCAACCAUUGUACAACCUCUUCCUUCAAUCGCUCAAAGACACCACAUUUGAUCAAUUUGUUAAGAUAGAAACCUUACGAAACAUCAAGGUUAUUCUGCGUUCCGAUAAAAGAGAAGCAGCGACUAAUUACGGGGAUCGAUCUUUGCUAAAAAACCUUGGCAUGUGGCUUGGUUUAAUUACCAUUGCUCGCUCAACAUGUAUCUUGAUGCAGGAACUCGAUCUGAAAUCAUUGCUUUUGGAAGCUUAUUACAAAGGACAAGAAGAGCUGCUGUUUGUGAUUCCAUUUGUUGCAAAAAUUGUUUGUAGUUCAUCAAAAUCACAGGUGUUCAGUCCCUAUUCAAGUUGGAUUCGCGGCAUAUUGAAAGUAUUUGCGGAGCUACACACGGAACCUGACUUGAAGAUCAAUUUGAAAUUCGAAAUUGAAGUCCUAUUCAAAGAAUUGAAUAUCGAUUUGCAAGAAAUGAUGCACUACGUGGAUGACGUACUGAAGGAUACGGAUCGAUUGCUUUCUGUAAAGCAACAAUUAUCCGAUUUGCGCACGCUCCAACAGCCAGUCAUCACAAGUUCAAGUCCGAUACCACAAGCCAUGCGCGGAACAGGUACAUCCGGUACACCAAGUCUUCAAGAAAUUGGAAGCUCAUUGGGAAAUAAUGAAACAAAAACUUCAUCUUUCGUUCAAGGCCCAAUCGAUAUAUUAAAUGAACCCAUGGAGCCGAUGGCUGCACCACCAAGCUAUUCAUACUUUGACAUUAAUGUCGUCAGUUAUGAGGGCAUUACUUCGCACUUAAAGAUUCCUACGCAUCACCCACUUUUCCAAAUGUAUCCAACUUUAAAGGGAUUUGUGAAGCCAGCCGUUAUUCAAGCAAUCAAAGAGCUACUUGGUCCUGUAAACGACAAGGCUUUGAAAACAGCAUCGACCGCAACGGAACACUUAACGAAAAAGGAUUUUGCGCUAUGUGGAGACGAUAUGCAAAUGAGACGCGCGGGAAUCAACAUAAUGAGAGCUGUUACUGGAGCUAUGGUGCAUGUUUCGAUUCGUGAACCAAUGCAAUCAACACUUGCUAGCUAUUUGCAUCAAUCGCUCAAUAAUGGACUGAGGAAUUUGUGUGCCCAAGGAGAUCCGAAGCUCGUCGAAGAAGCUGUUGCCGUUAUUACUGUUGAAAAUCUCGAGUUGGCUAUGGAUUUUGUUGUGAAAACCGCUUGCGAAAAGUCUGCACCCGAAUUGGAUCGCAAAAUGGAAGUAGAAUAUCAACUUCGUCAGUCAAUAAGGCGCGAAGGGAAGGAGUUUACCGGAGCUGAGGAUCUACUAAUCGCUCAAUCUAUGCUACCAGAAGCACUUCGGAUUGGCGCUGGCCCGAUUCCCAAAGAACAAAUGGGAGCCUAUGAAGAAUACUCGACAAGGAUUUGUGGCUUCAAACCAUUUGCAUCCGAUGAAGUCCUUCCGGUACAUCCAAUGGUGGUAAAAGACAAUUACGCAUCCGGGAUUAGCAUUGAUCUACGAGGACAAGGAGAGAGUGAAAAUUUCGGAAAGACUUUCCAUUUCCUGUCGAGUGAAUGCGAGUCAUUCAUUGCUAGAGGAUCCGUGUUCCCAUCAUUGUCAAAGGUUGUACAAGCUUUGAUGAUUUUCCGUGACAAUUUACGGCAACUUGCGUUUGAACCUUCACAGCCUUUGGUGUUGAGAAAUACUCUUGUACAAGCGAUUGAACAAUUUUUGAACGCUUACACUCCGUCGUCGCAUUCUAUCAAAGAAGAAGUUGAAGUGAUCAAUCGACUUCACGAGUUGACAAUUGCUUUUAUUCGAAUGCUGGUGAUGAAGAUACCACUCAACGAUAUUUCGGCUCGAAUUACAAACAUUCUGACUGGUUCCCAAGGCGAUUAUCGGUUUAACUUUGAGGCUGUGGAGCAACUUGUUCGAAACCAUCUGAUUUUAUUUGAAGUGUAUGACCGAUGGCUUGGUGAGAUGAUCGAAAGUGGGCAGAAUGCGUUUGCUCCAAUCUUUGCACAAAGAUUGGUUAGAUUGGUAUCAAGUCGUGGAAUAACCGAAGCGCAAAUACGGGAAAAAUUCCCGUUGACGUUCGAACAACUACUGAAGCUCCAAUCGAUUAGCGGAAUCACAAGGUCUGCAACUGAGAAUCAAGGGGGGACCGGGGCUCAAAAUUCGUUGAUUGGCAUCUACUUUGGAGAUAGAGUAAUGCAAAAUCCUAAUUUGCCGAUAACGGAUGCACAAGGAGAUGGUGAAUUGCAAAGCAAGGUGGAAGAAAUUUUGCGAGAAUGGAUUUCACUUUGCUAUACCCCGGCGGCAUUAAAAGAUCCACAACAGGCUUUGGCUACAAUAAUUCAUAUGAUGCACGAACAUGGUGUUUUGGCCACGGAUGAUAUGAUUACUCGUUUCUUCCGUCUUUGCACCGAGAUGUGUGUGGAUGUUUCCUACAGGCUCUUGAAAGAUGAAACGGCUUCCAAUUCUCAGACAAUAAUCAGACAACGGUGUUACUACACAUUAGAUGCAUUUGUGAAGCUGACAUGUUUGAUGGUGCGAUUUUCGGAUGGUUCACAAGCACACACCAAAGUCAAUUUGUUCAGAAAGGUGCUCAAUAUUGUCACAUCUGUUUUGGUGUUGGAUCACGAAGUUCGUCGAGCAGAGUUCCAUCCAAUGCCUUACCAUCGGAUUUUGAUCAUUAUGUUUAUUGAGCUAACUGAUGUGGACGAUCCCAGCCUUGAGCCCAUUUUUGGUUCAAUUGUGGAUACAUUUGUUAACGCACUUUUUGUUGUUCAACCGCGACGUGCACCUCGCUUUGCUUUGGCCUGGCUGGACCUUGUUGGCCACCGUUAUACUAUUAGUCGACUGAUUGUUCCGGCAUAUAUCUGCAGUGGAGCACCAACACCGGAUGCAUUGAAUGCGGCGGCCAUGUACACUCAACUUCUCAUUUGUCAACUCAAAUUUUUGUCUCCAUAUCUGCGCAAUAUUGAUCUCCCAAAAAGCAUUGCUCUUUUGUAUCGGGGUACUCUACGCGUUCUUCUUGUGAUUUUGCAUGAUUUUCCGGAGUUAUUGUGCGAGUUUCAUUUUGUGCUUUGCGAUACGAUUCCACCGAAUUGCAUACAACUGCGCAACCUUGUACUAUCUGCAUAUCCCAAGCACAUGAAACUGCCGGAUCCCUUUACGCUAAACUUCAAGCAAAUCGAUGCGCUGUCUGAGAUGAUGUUUGAGCCAAAAAUGAACCUCAGCAUGACCAGCGUGAUCCCAAGUGAAUUGUUGCAACAACUCGAAGGGUACCUCAGCACACGUAUCGGAGUCGAUCUUCUAUCAUCCCUCCCAACUUUGCUUACUGUGUCACACACUGCCGGCUCCAGAUAUAACACAACAAUCCUGCAUGCAAUCGUUUUGUACGUUGGUUCGCGUGCAGUGGAGGUUCUUCAAUCAAAGGGACAACGAAUUUCGAUGACCACAAUUGCUCAUACAUCUUUUAUGGACAUUUUUCAAAAUCUAGCCGUAAGGCUUUGUACAGAAGGUCGUUACCUGCUCUUCAAUGCAAUUGCAAAUCAACUACGAUACCCAAAUGCUCAUACGCAUUACUUCAGUUGUACAUUGUUGUUUUUGUUUUUCCAAGCGGAUAUGAAUGUUAUGAAGGAGCAAAUUACUCGAGUCUUGUUUGAGCGUCUUGUUGCACUUCGUCCACAUCCUUGGGGGCUUCUGAUCACAUUCAUCGAAUUGAUACGGAACCCAAUCUACAGAUUCUGGGAGCACGACUUUACCAAAUGCACACCGGAGAUUGAGCGACUUUUCCGCAAUGUUGCUUCAACUUGUAUUUCAACCCAACGGCAGGAUUUGCAAGAGGGAGUUCCAGCUAUGCCA